AUGUUCGACUUGUUACUCGUUUCGAAACAAUACAUGAUGACGAAUGGAUUAAUUGAUCAUUUUCAAAAAGAAAUUGUUCGUAGCAUUCAAACUUUGAAUUGUUUUGAAUUGUUUGAACGAGUUGCAUUGAUGGAUCAUGAACAAGAUUUGAAUUUGAAACCCAUCUUUGAAAAGAUGAUGAAUACAAUGGCAUCGAGUUUUGCAAGCGUGUUGGAGUCGAAUCGACAAGCAAUGUUUGCCAUGAGUCCAGAAUGUUUGAUGGUUCUAUUGAAAGAACUGUCAAGAAAUGACAUUUCCAAUACUACCCUCCCAACCACUACUGCAGCAACUUUCAAUUUUGACGAAUACGGAAAGCAAUAUCACCAGUCAGCUUUUAAUAAUGCGAGUUUUGCAGAUUCCAAUAUAUUCGGAACACACAAACAUUCUUCUCGUAAAUCAAGCAGUAGUAGUAACGUUGUCAACAGCAAGAGAAGAGUUCAAUGCUCUGCAGAAAAGUUUUUGCGAUUCUUAAUGCUAUGGUUGGCCCAUGAUAUGGCUCAACGGAGUGAAAUCUUUAAAGAACUCAUUACUUUGGAGAGUCAAUUGCAAUAUUCGGGUUAUUGA